GAGAGAGAGAGAGAGAGAGAGAGCUCGAAACAUGCCGUGGAUAAAGUGUUUGGGCGGCGGAGGUGGCAAGACCAGGAGAACCAAACCACUCAGUGUCAGUCAACCGAUUCAUCUGCUGGUAAAGAACGAGUUUGAGCCUCAGUGCCACGUAUUUCGUACAAAACAAUUGCGCAGACCACGACCAUGUCAGCUGUGUCACCAGGCAAUGGUAAAGCAGGCAUCUUGCUGCCGAGUUUGCAAAUACACUUGUCAUAAGGCGUGCGAGGAUAAGGGGGCGAGGUUCCGAGACACGUCGCAGCAAAUCCACAAACAAUGGCAGGCGGAUCCGGCACGGGCCUUCCCGACCGUCGGCAAUGUCGCCAGCAUCGGUGCGCCGGUCGCGAUAACAGGUGACGCGGCUUCCUCGUCGCCGCACUCGACGCCCAGCCCCAGCCCCAGUCCCACCAGCAGUCAAAGUGUCACGCACAAUGGCAGUUACGAGUCUCAGCCAAAGAAUGACAAGACGCUUGCUAGGAAUAAUAAACAGCAGGUGCUCUUAUCGUCGACGCCACCGUCGAAGUCGCAGAGGACGCCAGGGGUGGGCGCCGACUCAUCGACGGUCGCUUGCUGCAAGGCCAAUGGCACUACCGGAGGCCGCGUCAGCGAGGUGAUGGAGCUCUGCUACGUCACCGAAAGGAUAAUAGCACUAUGGUACAGGGAAGACGCUCGGGGGGUCCUCGAGCACGCAACGUCCCUCUUACGGGGCAAACACGCCAACAAUUAUAUGAUCUUCAACCUGUCAUCGGCGGGGCGGAGCGGCGAGCCGAACACGCGGGAGGUGGGAUGGCCACAAGGUUUGGCACCGAGUCUCGAGAGACUUUGCGCCCUCUGCAAGGAGCUCGACUCUUGGUUGAAUGCAGCUACGCAUCGCGUCGUCGUCCUUCACGCGAGAGGGGGCAAGGAACGCUUGGGCGUCGCCGUAUCAGCGUACAUGAACUACAGCAGCAUCUGCGGAGGCCGUGACCAGGCGCUCGAUAGGUUCGCCAUGAGGAGAUUUCUCGACGACAAAAUCGGCCCACUUAACGUGCCCUCGCACAGAAGGUACAUCGAGUACUUCAGCGGCCUAUUGGCUGGUUCAUUACGCAUCAGUCCCUCGCCCCUGUACCUCACCCAUCUGACGGUCCUCGGGGUGCCGAUGUUCGAGCCUACCGGAUGCCGGGCCUUCUUUAAGGUCUACGAGGGUCUCACGCCAGUGUACACCUCCGACCUCUACUCCGUCACGAACGCCCGCGAAUUCACGGUCAACCUCGGCGGCCUCAGGCUCCGCGGGGACAUUCUCGUCAAGUGCUACCACAGGAUCUAUAACAAUCAGGGUCGCGAGGUCAUGUUUUCGUUGCAGUUUCAUACGUGCGUGAUAACGGAGAACGUCGUCUCGUUUCCCCGCUCGGAACUCGACGUAGCCUGCAACGACCCAAGGUGCCCACCCGACAGCGUGGUCACCCUCUACUUCGCCAACGAUCCAAGGCGCCAGGACGGACCCGUGCCCGCGCCCACUCCCGCCAUCGCCCACGCAUCGGCCCACCACGAUCCUAUAUUGCACUGGGACAGCUACACUAACCUCGAGCUCAGCGACGACGAAGGUCGUGAGACGCCGUUGUCACCGCCUCCAGCCUCGAGUCCCUCGGUGCAGACGUCGCUGCGCGGGCUUGGAUAUACCUGCGGCCCCAUCGAUGGAUCGCUGUACGCGGUGGUACAGCAGGCCGGCGGGGGCCAAGGUCCCGGGGCACGUGGCUCACCACUGACCGUAUCUAUGGACAGCGGCAUCAGUAGCGCACCGCCCCAGAGACAGAGUCCACCAGAGUUGAACGAAGCCGAGAAUCAGGCGCACGGUGACCUCGACAAGCUCCUCCACGAUAUGAUGCUCACCGUCGAGUCGAUGCCGGAUCCUCCGAACGACGACUACAAUCGGCCGAUGCGCAACGGCUCGUCCAACAUGUACGUCCAAGAGCAGCCUCGCAAUUACAAUAGCCAACCCAGCGGCUCCUCGGCCUACUCCACGCUCAAGGAUUCCUAUCGGAGCUACAGCAAUAGCACCGCCAAGGAGUCCAGUCCGCCAUACAACUCGAGCAGCAACUGCAGCACCCUCAAAUACAACGGUCGGCCGUCCUACGAUUCCGUCGACUAUCAGCGCAAUUCUUCCGAUGGGAAGCACAACGACUCCUCGUUCUCCCCACCAGGUAACAUCGACUACAUCGACGAGGACAUCCCGUAUCACGCCCGGCAAACGAGUCAGCCCUUCUCUUACGGGGCCACCAACGAAAUGAUCAAGCACCAAAAGCUCUCCUCGCCCUCGCUGGUCAGGAAGGCGACAGCGAGAGGCGCCGCGCCCGUUGUCGAUCUCGACGACAUUCUAGGGGAGAACGGGAGCAGAAGACCGAGCAGCCCAUUAACUCCUAAUACGCCCGAUCCACCGCCGGAGUUUGCCAAUGGGCCGAGUAUUAAACCUUCCGACAACGAGGCCACUAACGGCAUGUCCUGGCUGAAGCAGCAGCAGCUGAAACUCGCAGCGCGUCGCGACGAACGAAGUCCGACGAAAUUGUGGCGCCAAGAAAGCGGAAACCGUAUGAUCGGUGAGUUGAAGAGCGUUCAAAGAUCGAGACUGAGGCACGACGGAUACGCCAGCGAUUCCGCCGUGCUCGAUGACGAGGACGACGUCUGGACAGUUAAUUCCGCACACGGGCAGAUAAGCAGCAAAGCGACGGUGAACACGUCGGCGCCGGCGAGUCCGUUGCUGCCCCAGCGAUCGGUCAGUCGGAAAUUGAACGGUGGUGUCCUCCUCGGCGGCGGGAGCUUCCAGCAGAGCCGAGGUCGAGCCGAAAGCGUAAGCGAGCGGCCCUUUGUCGCUGUGAAGCGCGCCUACGAGUUCCGCAAGUACAACGACAGCCACAGCCCGCCGUUGCAAAAGUACAACAUCAGCGGCCAACCGCCGAGGCCGGAGUCACGUAGCGAUAGCUUCGCGCGCACCGAAUCCUUCCUCCGGGACGUCCACAGCCGUCAACUGAACAGCAGCCUCAGCAGCCACAGCAACGGCAACCACGUGGCCUUCGACCUCGAUAGUACCGGCAGUCUCGCCUCAUCCUCACCUCGGCACCCCCCAUCUAGGCCCGAAUCCAGGAAUCACCAACACAACGGCUACCACGCCCACGGCAAUCCUCCCAAGAAAGAUACUACAGGCUUGUUGGUCAUGGUCGACCAUCAGCAACAGCAUCAGCAUCAGCAUCAGCAUCAGCAGGCCGAUUCGGCCGACCCUCUCGUGAGCCUCAUUCAGUCGCUAGCCGAGAUUAGGCCGCUUUCGGAUUCGCUAGUAGCCGCGCAGUUCGCCAAUACUAACAGCUUUAACAAUGGCGCGAUCAAGGCCGAACAGUCGCUUCUACUACACACUACCACGCACCAGCAGUCAGCUACUAUCAUAACCGUUGCCAGCAACGCCAUUAACACAUAUACAACUGCCCUUAACCACUCGCCCAAAGCAUGGCUGAGUAGUAUAACGCAGUCGCACAAUGACUCGCCGUCAUCGUGGACCGAGAGGAGUAUAAGCCCAGGAAGCGUGCAGGGUAUGAGUGGGGGUAGCGCCUCGCGGCCGCAGACACCAGCGUUCCCGGUGCACCCGCGCACCCCCUACGUCAACAACGCCUCGUCUACUGUAACCUUCGCCUCGGAUCGUAGCUAUCAGAAUCACUCGACCGUCAGCUACAUGAAUAGCAAUAACAACAUGAACAACGUAGAAGCAAAUAAUAAUAAUCACAACAGCAGCGGCAGCAGCAGCAGCACCACGAGCUACGGAGCCGAUAGGGCGAUCUUCAUCGAAGAGCGCCGAGAUAUCAGAGAGACGGGACUCCCACCCAAGAGUCCGACAACGCAGCGGCGCUUGAGUUUUCCGGAUAAUGGCACAUUAAGUGAACCGCGUAACAAACGCUGGAUACUCACUAAGCAGUCGACAUCGUUCGACUAUAGCAAGGACCGGCCUGUCUCUCCUCUGGAUGAAUUGAUAAGUCUCAACUCGUAUAACCGAGGUCCUGGCACUCCUACUCUGAUCGAAUAUGGACAGAGCCCAAAGAGUGCAUUAUCCUAUACUUCAAUUAAUAGUUCUGGUCAAGCACCGACGCAAACACAGUAUUACGGAUCUCGACGAUCAAGUAUUCACUCUAAUACAGAACCACACGAAGUAGCCGAUGCCAAUGUUAAAUUCGUUCGAGAUACCAGCAAAAUUUGGUACAAGCCAAACAUUUCGCGCGAGCAAGCGAUCGCCAUGUUACGCGACGCUUCCCCGGGCACAUUCGUCGUCCGCGACAGCAACUCCUUCCCGGGUGCCUUCGGACUUGCCCUUAAGGUGGCAACACCGCCUCCCGGUGCCCCCAGCAGUCCCAAGGAUCCAUCCAGCGAGCUCGUGCGCCACUUCCUUAUUGAGCCGACCUCACGGGGCGUGCGACUCAAGGGCUGCGCUAACGAGCCCGUCUUCAGCUCCCUCUCGGCCCUCGUCUACCAACACAGUCUCAUGGCCAUGGCCCUGCCCUGCCAGCUCCUGCUCCCCGAGGCCGAGGCAGCCGCCAGGGCGCUCGACGCUCCGGCCAACAGCAGCCCCCAGCAACUCCUCGCUCAGGGCGCCGCCUGCAACGUGCUAUACUUGUUUACCCUGGACACGGAGUCAUUGACCGGACCCCAAGCCAUCAAGAAGACGAUAACGAUGCUGUACGAGCAGAAGCCGCUGCCCGGCGCGAUAAUCGUCCACUUCAAGGUGUCGACCCAAGGCAUCACCCUCACCGAUAACGCGCGUAAACUUUUCUUCCGCAGACACUAUCCGACCAACAACAUCAGCUACUGCGGCCUCGACACCGAGGAACGCACCUGGGACUUUCUGAACGAGGAGACCGGUCGAGCUCUCAGCGAGCAUCGAUGCUUUGGAUUCGUCGCACGUAAACCAGCUCACAAAUCCGACAACCAAUGUCACAUAUUCGCUGAACUCGAGCCGGAGCAGCCGGCCACGGCUAUCGUCAACUUUGUCAACAAAGUUAUGAUGGGAAAUGCGCACGUGAAGGCCAAUAUCGUUUGAGUGCGAUGCU